CGCCACUGUAAGCUCAAAACCAUCUCCGCCUAGUCGAGAUUAGUACAACACACACCACGCCGGCUUUUCCUGCUUUUACGGCCAUUGGUGUUGUAACAGCACUUGAUCCGAUUAACUGCUUGUGAAAUGGAAUGUGCAGCUCAAAUUGCCAUGAAGUAAUACGAAUUCAUGUGGAAAAAGAAGAAGACACACCUCAUCAAUGCAAAUCAACAAUGUACAGAUUCUCGACGCUACACCAUCCGCCCAGACCAAUUGAACGUCAACCCAUUCCAGAGCGCAAGAACAACACCACGAGAAUAGGAAAGAAGAAAACACAAAAAAGAUCUACUUCCGAGCUACAGGCGGUGGUGGUGGUAGCAAUAGUACGUCAAAAAGGAAUACAAGAAGAGGACGGAUCAGAGGUGGCAGCCGCAGCAGAGGUAGAAGAAGCAGAGAGCGCCGACGAGGACGACUGCCUCAAGGCAGGAGAGGACGCGGAAGAGGAGGUCGUCGAGGAAGGAGAAGCGGGGGAGGGCGGGGCGUUUCCACCACCGCCAGGAGGCAGCGGAAGCGAGCUUCUCCGGCCAGUGGUUCUCCUUGUUGUUGGGCACCCGAGGCCAACCUCCUCCUCCACGUCCACCCACCAUCCUGGCCCUUCGCAACAACGGGCAGCGGCCAAUUCGAUUCCUGUUCUCUCUUCUCUUCUUCGGACGCACGGUGAACAACUACCGAUCGCACUGAAGGCGGAAACCAAUUCAAUGUUACCUUUAGCAUCUUGAUUUUGACUGGCCGAGCGGGAGUUGAGCAUCUUCUUUCCAGC